UCUAAUCCCAAUCAUCACACAGAUCCAACGGUUGCUAUUCAAUCUCAGUUUCCUCCUACCGCUGGAUCUCACGUCUCCAACUCCGCGUCCACUCAAGCACAACUCAACAAACAAGUCAUCUUCUCUGUCCUCCAAAAAUCCCAAUCGCCGAAUCAACCAUGGCGGUUGUUGGCCCAUGGACGACGACGAGCUUGAUCAUCGCGAUAAUGAUGAUGACCACGACGGUGCGUUUAAUCGACGGCAGCAACAACAACCACGUGUACUCUCCUUGCGCGGACACGAAGGUGGAGAGGUCCGACGGUUUCACCUUCGGGAUUGCCUUCGCAUCCAGGGACUCCUUCUUCCGAAACGGCAGCGUUCAGCUGUCUCCCUGCGACUCCAGACUCUCUCUCUCCAACGGCAAUUCCCAGAUCUCCGUUUUCCGCCCCAAGGUUGACGAGAUCUCUCUCCUAUCCGUAAACUCCUCCUCCUUCACUGCGGAUUCUUAUGGCUAUAUGGUUGCAUUUGCUGGGAGAAAAUAUGCUGCAAGGUCCAUUCCUGCUUUUGUUGCCAAUGCUACCUACACUGUCACCAGCUUUACCCUUGUUCUUGAGUUCAACAAGGGGAGGCUGCAGAACCUGUAUUGGAAAAGGGAUGGGUGCUCCAAAUGUUCAGGGAGCACCGGCCUUUUUUGCCUCAACAAUCAGGACUGUGCAUUCAAGACCUCCAGCUGCAAAACCCAUGGAGGCUCUGUGGACUGCAGCCUUGGGAUCCAAUUGGCAUUUUCCGGCACAGACAAGCACCUUUCAGUGCUUAACUCAUGGUAUGAAGUGGAAAACCUCAGGCAGUACUCACUCUAUGGUCUUUAUUCAAAUUUGAAGGGCUCUCUCACUAGCCAGUAUGACAAGAUUUUCUGAUGUAGACUUUUGUGCUAAGAUCUUACUACAUAGAUCCACCCCAGUAGGUUUCAUCAUUUACUUAUUUGUGUUUCAGAUUCAGACAAAUAUUUGUUGUAAAUUUAUUAACUUUGAGGAUCAUUUUGUGAUUGCUGAAAAGAGAUAUCAAUGUUAUUACAUGUGUGUUCUGCCUGUUUGUGACA